AAGAAAUGGGAUAUCGAGAGAAAGACUCCGUGGAAACUCACAACAACCACGCCAAGCCAAUCAAGUCCGCAGUCGACAAGUUUGCUCUCCUUCCAGAAUUCCUAAAGGUGCGGGGCCUGGUGAAGCAGCACAUCGACUCGUUCAACUAUUUCAUCAAUAAUGAAAUUAAGAAGAUCAUGAAGACGAAUGAUCGCAUCGAAUGCCCCCAAGACCCGUCGCUUUAUCUCCGGUACACUAAAAUUUCCAUUGGGAAACCUGUGGAAUACAUGGAGCAUCAUGCUGAAAAACUCACUCCGAAUAUAUGCCGUUUGUCUGACCGCACAUAUGCUUCUCCUAUAGAGGUUGAUAUCGAAUACACCGUACCAAAUCAAACGAAUAAGGAAUAUAAGAAAGGCCUUGUUAUUGGACGAAUGCCGAUUAUGCUCCGUAGCAGCAGUUGUGUGUUAAGUGGAAAGGAUGAAGCUGAACUGGCCAAACUUGGUGAAUGUCCUCUUGAUCCGGGUGGUUACUUCAUUAUUAAAGGAAAUGAGAAGGUGAUUUUGAUACAAGAGCAACUUUCCAAGAAUCGAAUAAUAAUUGACACUGAUAGCAAGGGCAGGGUCAAUGCAUCUGUUACAAGCAGUACUCACGAGACAAAAACCAAGACUGUUUUUUUCAUUGAUAAGGAUAAAAUAUAUCUGCAACUUAAUCAGUUCUCCAAGCCGAUUUCGAUUAUGAUUAUCAUGAAAGCAAUGGGAAUGGAGAAUGAUCAAGAAGUUAUGCAAAUGCUUGGCAGAGAUCCAAAGUAUGCCUUUCUUCUUUUUCCAUCAAUGCAGGAAUGCAGGUCUGAGAAGAUAAUUACUCAAAAGCAGGCCUUAGAAUACCUUCAGGGAAAGUUGGCAAAUCUCAGUUCACUACGAUUUGAAAUAAAUAAGGAUGAUCGGGUGAAGAAAAUUCUUAUCAAUGUGUUUCUUGCACACGUCCCUGUUAAGGAUGGGAAUUUUAGGCCAAAAUGCAUAUAUACUGCCGUGAUGUUGAAGAGGAUGAUGGAUGCAGUACUUAAUGUUGAAACUUUUGAUGAUAAGGACUAUGUGGGAAACAAAAGGUUGGAACUCUCUGGACAGCUUGUAGCCUUACUUUUUGAGGAUUUGUUUAAGACUAUGAAUUCUCAAGUUGCAAGUCGAAUGGCGAAGGCAUAUGAUAAAGCUAGUCGAUCUACCCCAUUAUAUUUUAUACAUUACAUGAUGAGUGAUACCAUUACGAACGGCUUAGAAAGAGCCAUUUCAACUGGAAAUUGGGAUUUGAAACGGUUUAAAAUGAAUCGGAAAGGGGUAUCGCAGGUUCUUUCAAGGCUCGCCUUCAUUGCAACCUUGGGCUACAUGACACGUGUUUCACCACAAUUUGAAAAAACAAGAAAAGUUAGCGGUCCAAGGGCCCUGCAGCCUAGUCAGUGGGGCAUGCUUUGUCCAUGUGAUACACCCGAAGGAGAAGGUUGUGGAUUGACCAAGAAUCUAGCGUUGAUGACUCAUGUUACAACAGAUGAAGAGGAGGGUCCUCUAAUUAAAUGGUGUCGUAAGCUUGGAGUUGUAGAUGUGGAGGACUUAUCUGGUGAAGAGCUUCAUGCGCCAGAUUCAUUCUUGGUUAUGCUAAAUGGGCUUAUACUUGGUAAACACACGAAGCCACAGAAGUUUGCUAAUGCCAUGAGAAAAUUACGUCGGAAGAGUGUAAUUGGAGAAUUUGUGAGCAUUUUUGUGCAUGAACGGCAGCGCUGUGUCUAUGUUGCUUCGGAUGGUGGACGAGUUUGCCGUCCACUUGUAAUUGCUGACAAGGGAGUUUCCAGGAUCAAAGAAUAUCACAUGAAAGAAUUGAGGGAUGGAGUACGAAGCUUUUAUGAUUUUGUACGAGAAGGCUUGAUUGAGUAUCUUGAUGUUAAUGAAGAGAACAAUGCCUUGAUUGCACUUUAUGAGCAUGAAAUUCCCAAGGAUGGCCAUGGUGAAGAUAAUGCUGAUGUUCAGAAGAGUUCCAUAACACAUAUUGAGAUUGAACCAUUCACGAUUUUGGGGGUGGUUGCUGGAUUAAUUCCUUAUCCCCAUCACAACCAGUCUCCUCGCAAUACGUACCAGUGCGCCAUGGGAAAGCAGGCAAUGGGAAAUAUUGCUUAUAAUCAGCUUUCUCGAGCAGAUACUUUGCUUUAUCUACUAGUAUAUCCUCAGCGCCCUCUGCUCACAACAAAAACAAUUGAGCUGGUUGGAUAUGAUAAGCUUGGUGCUGGGCAGAAUGCCACUGUCGCUGUUAUGAGCUAUAGUGGUUAUGAUAUAGAAGAUGCCAUUGUCAUGAAUAAAUCUUCCCUUGAUCGUGGGUUUGGGCGUUGCAUUGCUUUGAAGAAGCAAAUUGUUGUGAAGGAGAUAUACAGUAAUGAAACGUCAGACAGAAUAGUUAGGCCUCAAAAUGAGCCAAGAAAACAGGCACUUGAUGCUGAUGGAAUUGCUGCUCCUGGUCAAAUAGUACGAAGGCAUGAUAUACUUGUGAAUAAGCAAAGUCCAAGAAAUAAAAAGGACAGAAUCACUAAUCCAAUGGCGUUAAAAGACUGUGACUAUGCUCCAUCAAAUGUUAGUUACAAAGGCCCAGAAGGUGAAACCACUGUGGUUGACCGUGUGAUGUUGUACUCUGAUAAGGAUAACAAGAUGUGUGUGAAGUUUAUCAUUCGUCAUGUCCGGAGACCAGAGAUUGGGGACAAAUUUAGUAGCAGACAUGGACAAAAGGGUGUUAUAGGCACCAUUGUUCAGCAGGAGGAUUUUCCAUUUUCAGAGGAAGGAAUAUGUCCGGAUUUAAUCAUGAAUCCUCAUGGAUUUCCUAGUCGAAUGACGAUUGGGAAGAUGAUUGAGCUCCUGGGUAGUAAAGCUGCUGUAUCAAGUGGCAGGUUUCACUAUGGCAGUGCCUUUGGGGAGCCAAGUGGUCAUGCUGAUAAAGUUGAAGACAUCAGUCGCACUCUUGUGAAGCAUGGAUUUAACUAUAGUGGAAAGGAUCUUCUCUACUCAGGUAUUUCUGGAAAGCCCCUUCAAGCAUAUAUUUUUAUGGGGCCUAUUUACUACCAGAAGUUGAAACAUAUGGUCCUUGAUAAGAUGCAUGCUCGGUCCUUUGGACCUCGCGUGACAUUGACAAGACAACCAACGGAAGGAAGAGCUCGUGAUGGAGGCUUACGCUUGGGAGAAAUGGAACGUGAUUGCUUGAUUGCAUACGGUGCAAGCAUGCUGAUCUAUGAACGGCUGAUGUUAUCAAGUGACCCUUAUCAAGUUCAGGUUUGCAGGCAAUGCGGUUUGUUAGGCUACUAUAAUCACAAGCUAAAAACAUCUUGGUGUUCAAUGUGCAAAACUGGGGACAGUAUGUCUAGCUUGAAACUGCCAUAUGCUUGCAAGCUUCUUUUUCAGGAAUUGCAGUCAAUGAAUGUUGUUCCACGUUUGAAGCUGACGGAGUACUGAUAAUGGAGGCAAGUUAAUUUUCGGUAUGUAAAUGAGUUGGUGACUAUCUCUAAUGUCAAAGUUUCUUUACUGAGAUUAAGGCUUUGUUUGAGACGACUUUCUUACUGCUUCUUAAAGCAGCUUUUUAGUACAAAAAUUAAAUUUUUUAUAGUAAAAAGCUGCUUUAAGAAGCGGUAAUAAAGCCGUUCCAAAUGAAACCUAAAAAUGUGUUAAAUAUGCAGUUUGAAUGGUGGUUAUGUGAAAAGGAUAGUGUAGAAUCUGCACAACAAAAAGAGCAAUCAUGCAUUAAAGUUCUAUAGUUCAGUUUUAUUUAUGAAGCAUUUAAUCGCUUGAUUUAUUAAA